AGCAACCAUCACAACAAAUGAUAACAAGCACUGGAGGUCAAAGGUGACGCUGAGGUUCCUGUGUUCUCCAUCCAGAGCUUUUCUUCCGGCCGCGCACGCUAUAACGGCGUGGCCCGGGGCUGGCGGCGGCGUGUUUUCUUUGGUCUGACUUUCAUCCUGACGCCUGAACACAUCACCGCAGCUAAUUCCCUCCUGGCACGUGACCCCAGCUGCGGGCGCGAGGUGUUUGCGGCUCAGGGCGUGGACGUGUAAAAAUAAAACGCCCGGCAGGUGUGCGAGUGUGGGAGGCCAGGAAAGGAAACAAGGAAUCAAGGAAAACAAAAACAAUGCUGGGAGGAGUGGGCGUGGCCCAGGUGAGCAGAGGUCAGCAGGCCACACCCCCUGCGUUAUUUAAGAGGCGAGAGGAGCAGCAGGUGAGGGAGAACAUCAUCAUCAUCAUCAUCAUCAUCAUGACCACCUGCUGCACCUGCACGCUGGCCCCGCCCCCUCCCCGCCGUCGCUGCCGCGUCUUGUACCCCCCCUCGCGGUGCCGCACGCGGCCCCCCCUGACGGAGGCCCCCGACCGGGCGGCGCGCUGGCUCCUCCUCCUCAGCGCGCUGCUCCUGCUGCAGAUCUACACGGAGGACACCUGCGCAGACGACGACGCGGAGGACGCGCCGGCUGUGGAGCGCGACGCCAAGGGGGAGGAGCUUUGGAGGGUCCAAGUGGUGGGCGGAGCUUCAGAGCAGCUCGCUGAACUGUCUCAACUGACCACACCUGGAGUGGGCGGGGCUGCAGAAGCACCUGGAAGGUCCCGCCCCCUUCCUGUGAUUGGUCAGGAGCCGGCCAAUGGGACUUCUCUGGGGCUUUCCUGGGCCAGAGUGAGUCCAGAGGUUCCAGGAAGAGGCUUUAGCUCCGCCCACAGGCCGGUGGGAGGAGUCACAGCAUCCUACCACCUCCUGCUGGACCAAUCAGAAGCACAUGAAGAAAUACAACACAACUGA